AUGGCCGAUCAACUCACCGACGAACAGAUCUCUGAGUUCAAGGAAGCUUUCAGUCUAUUCGACAAGGAUGGAGAUGGUUGCAUUACUACCAAGGAGCUCGGAACUGUUAUGCGAUCACUUGGUCAGAACCCAACUGAGGCGGAGUUGCAGGACAUGAUAAACGAGGUUGAUGCUGAUGGAAACGGUACCAUUGAUUUCCCUGAAUUCCUCAACCUGAUGGCCCGCAAGAUGAAGGAUACUGAUUCCGAGGAAGAGCUUAAGGAAGCUUUCCGUGUGUUUGACAAGGAUCAGAACGGUUUCAUCUCUGCAGCUGAGCUCCGUCAUGUUAUGACAAAUCUCGGCGAGAAGCUGACUGAUGAAGAGGUUGACGAGAUGAUUCGCGAAGCUGAUGUUGAUGGUGAUGGUCAGAUCAACUAUGAGGAGUUUGUCAAAGUCAUGAUGGCUAAGUGA